UAUAAACGCGUUAUACCUUGACCGCUGGAGCACCCGGUGUGCUAGAUGAACUGUCAUAGAAUAAAGCUCUCUUCUUGGCGCGACAUUGAACUGAACAGACGUAAGCCACUGACUUCUGCGUAUAAUUAUUUGUGUGCUCUUCUGGAUUGUGUUAAAAUAAAUUAAAACGGCCAAUUAACCUUCCACCAUCCGUAAAACGCUUGGUCGUUACAUCUCAGAAGUGGGAUAACCAACAAAAAAUCGCCUACAAACCGCAUGCAAGCCGCUUAACCAGCCGGUAUACGUGUGUCUGUGUACGUGUGUGCGUGUGACAUAACGCCAUUUCAUAAAAUGGUGGGCAAAGACGAACUUCACCGGGCGCUCAUCGAAGCCGGCGUCAACGUACCGAAUACCGCCACCGUCACACAACUUCGUCAACUUUACGCCUCUCUCGAGCUGGUCGCUCGUUCCCCCCGUGCGGCGCAGCCCACCACCUCGGCCAUGGCAUCGGUUUCCUCUUGCGCAAACCAUCCCGAGGCCGCCAUUUUGUAUCACCCUCAUGAAAAUGGCGGUGACGCCGUUAAUGAUGCCGCUUCGACGAACAACACCACCGACGCCAAUGCUAAUCUGCCCUCCGCCCAAGGUGUAGCCGCCGCCCUUCCCCGCGAUUCCAACGAUAUGGAGGCUCACAUCGAAGCGCUGCGAAUGCAGCUACAGUUAGCUGAAUUGCGUCAGAAAGUGCAUCAACUCGAGGCGCAGGAACCGACCACCAUUUGUGUAAAGGAUUUUGAAUCCUUCAUCGAGCCGCUUGAUGCUGAGAAAAAUUCCGAUGUCAUCCGCUGGUUCCGUGAUCUGGAACGCGUUUUCUCACUUCACCGAGUAUGCGAUGCGGACAAAUUCUUGUUCACUCUUCGGCUCCUCACAGGCACGGCAGCUAACGUCGCAAAAGAAUUUGCCGUCACCACUAACGACGAACUGAAGAUGGAGCUGAUCGACAACCUUCAUUUCGUCGCUACUCCUGAAUCUGUGUACCGCCAACUCCGCCAUCGCCGGCUGCAGCCCCAAGAAUCUGCCCUCCGCUACCUGUUUGACAUGCAGCGCAUAGCUGGCCAAGCCGACAUCCCCGAUUCGGAACUGAUCCCGAUCGUCAUCGACGGCUUGGGAAGCCCGUCAAUUACUUCAAGCCUGCAUUUCAUGCCUCUCACGAUGGAAGAUUUCCGGAAGAAGCUGAAGCUUUUCGAGUCUUGCCGUCACCUUCGUACCAUCAAGCCCCCUUCCGCCGAUGUUCGGGCCCCGAUGAACAGCCGUAUGGAACGGCCCCAACCGUCGCAGGAACCUGUCCGCUGCUUCAACUGCUCCCGAUUUGGACACCUUCAGAGUUCCUGUUCCAAGCCGAAGCGCCCACCCGGCGGAUGUUUCCGCUGUUUCCAGACUGGGCACGUCUACCGUAAUUGCCCUGAACGUCGGGCCAACGCCACUGUUGAGGGCGGUAUUCAUUCGGACGAUACUCUCAGCACAAACCAAGAGGGGACCGUAUGCCAUUCAUAAAGUGUUACCUCAUGAUAGGUACGGAGUACGUGACGUAGAAGGGUGUCAACUCUCACAACUACCCUACGAUGAAGUCCUCGAAGCGAAUAAGUUGCGACGUUGGACCGAGUCCAGUGAUUAGGAAAUUGAGGGCAAUUUAUUGUUCAGGAUAGCCGAGCUGUAACGUCUGGACUAAUAUCGCCUACUGUGCACUCAACCUGAACCCCGAUGAACCUGGAGCACCCGGUGUGCUAGAUGAACUGUCAUAGAAUAAAGCUCUCUUCUUGGCGCGACAUUGAACUGAACAGACGUAAGCCACUGACUUCUGCGUAUAAUUAUUUGUGUGCUCUUCUGAAUUGUGUUAAAAUAUAUUAAAGCGGCCAAUUAACCUUCCGCCAUCCGUAAAAUGCUUGGUCGUUACAACAGCAAAAAAAGCAUUGAAAUAGAGCAGCGCAAAUC